AUAACUUCCUGUCGAAAAGCAGCAAGUUUUAAGAAGUGAAGACCAUUAAAAGUGUGGAAAAUGCCAACAUACAAAGUUAAUGUCAAGUGGGGAAAGGAGAAGUUCAGUGAUGUGGACUGUAACACAGAUGAGCCUCCCAUUGUUCUCAAGGCACAACUAUUUGCUCUGUCUGGUGUCCAGCCAGAGAGACAGAAGGUUAUGAUGAAGGGAGCUGUACUGAAGGAUGAUGAAUGGGGAAAAGUGAAACUGAAGGAUGGUGCAACACUACUGAUGAUGGGAACAGCCGACGAACUGCCCCAAGAGCCAGUGGAGAAGACUGUGUUUAUGGAAGAUAUGAGUGAAGAGCAGCUGGCUACAGCACUGGAGAUUCCCAGUGGUUUGACCAAUCUAGGAAACACCUGCUAUAUGAAUGCUACAAUCCAGUGUCUUAGAUCUAUUCCAGAACUCACAGAUGCCCUGAAAAAGUAUAAAGGGGACAUAACCAUGGGUGGAGUCAUUUCUCCUGCCGAUUCCAUUACAGCAGCCAUGAGGGAUCUUUGUGUCUCAGUGGAGAAAUCAGGAUCAGCCAUUCCACCAAUCAUCUUCCUUCAAGUAUUACACAUGGCGUACCCUCAGUUUGCUGAAAAAUCAGAACAUGGAGGCUAUGCUCAACAGGAUGCCAAUGAGUGUUGGACUGAAAUUGUCAGGUGCUUACAACAAAAGGUGAAAAUGCCUGCAGUUGAGGGAACAGAAGGUGGAGCGACAUCUAGUGCCUCGUUUAUAGAUAAAUAUAUGGGCAUCGACUCUGAGGUCACUCUUCAGUGUCAAGAGGCUGAGAAUGAACCUCCCACCAAGUCUAUAGAGAAACUCUACCAGCUCAGCUGUUUUAUAGAGAAAGAGGUGAAAUAUAUGCAUAGUGGAUUGCGAAAUAGAUUAGAAGAAAGUAUCACGAAGCAUUCCCCAGCACUAGAGAGAGAUGCACUUUACAAGAAGAGUAGUAAAAUAAGCAGGCUACCUGGUUACUUAGCAAUUCAAUUUGUGAGGUUCUAUUAUAAAGAGAAAGACAAUAUUAAUGCAAAAAUCUUAAAGGAUGUAAAAUUUCCCCUGAGUCUCGACACAUACGAACUGUGUACACCAGAAUUACAGGAAAGGCUGGCAACAGCCAGAGAUAAGUUUAAGGAAAGGGAAGACAGGGAUGCAGAGAAGAUGCAAAAGGCAAAAGAGGCAGGCAAAACACUUCCAGUUAAAAAGAAGGAAACAGAAGAAACAGAACCCUUUGAAUUUGAAAACGAUCCUGGCUCUAACAACAGUGGCUACUAUGAGUUAAAUGCUGUUCUUACACACAAGGGCAGGUCCAGUUCUAGUGGUCAUUAUGUGGCAUGGGUCAAGCGGAAAGGAGAUGAGUGGUUCAUGUACGAUGAUGACCAUGUGACCCCAGUGACCUCUGAGGAUGUGUUGAAGCUCUCUGGAGGCGGUGACUGGCAUUGUGCCUAUGUUUUACUGUAUGGACCACGAGUUCUAGUUAAACAGGAUGACAGUGAGGAAACACCAAUGGAGUCCUAGUGGAUCAGUUUUUAGAAAACAAUCAUAUUGACUUUAUUGUGAAGCUAUAUCAGACUUCCAGUAGUUACCUGUGUAGAUGUGCUGAUCCUCAGCUGCUUCGGCUCACACACCCCUUUUAGGAGUCAUCGCCAGGUUGUGGAAAUGACUGACACACAAUCCAUCUAAAUUUCCUGUAAGGAAGUUACUGGCACAGGGGAAUCUUUAAUUCUUAAGAAUCAUCAGCUGUUUGGAGAAAUUGACUGUUCUGGUAAAAAUCUUCAGUUCUUGGAUGAACAUUAUUUCUGGAGAGAGGUUGACUAUUCUAGGAAAAGAACAAGUGUACGUGGAAUGGCAUACAAUUAUUUCAACUAGUUCCUUGUACAGCUGUUCUGUUAGCCCUAUUGUCACCAUACAUUCAUCUUGUCUUAAUAAGUGCUAUUCUGUAUAUUGCUAUCUAAUGUUAUUUCUGGAUUUUUUCUUGAAAAAUAAACCUAAGUAUUCUGUUAAUCUACAGCAGCUUUUUGUCAAAAUGUCUUUUAUUUGUCACCAGUGUGUUUCAAAACUUAAAUUUUGAAUUUUUAAGCAAUUAAAAUGUCAUAUUGACAGAAAAAAAGCUAAGGCUUACAUCUCUGUAUCUGGGGCCUCCUUUGUAUAAAUAUUGUCUUUGCUUUGGGAAAGGAUUACAAUUUCCCACAUGUGUACAAUUGAUGGACCAGGUUGUAAUGUGAAAUCAUUUGUUAAUUACCAAUUUGAAAAGAAAACAGUUUACUAGUUUGCUCUUUAACAGAUGACACCUGAAUGUGAUAUUCAUAAAUAAAUGUACCUGAAAUA